GCUCGCUCAUAACCUGUGUCCAGAUUGCUCUGUGGACUCGCUGCAUUCAGAGAGGAGCAAUUCUUCCCAACAGAGCACUUUCCACGGCAAACAACCACAUAAAAGCGGUCUCCCGCCAACAGGAACCUGCCAUGGCGCUGCGCCCACGUGCUUCCUCCCAGCCUGGAAAACUUUCCUUCUUCCAGAGUCCCAAGGUAGCCUCAGCCCUUCGACCGCGGGCCGCCUCCUCGCGGUCAGGCUCCAUGCUGGAAGAGGAGCUGUCCUGUCCAGUCUGCUGCGAGAUCUUCAAGGACCCCGUGGUGCUCAAGUGCAGCCACAGCUUCUGCCGAGCCUGCCUGCAGCAGUUCUGGAACAAGAAGAAGGCCAGGCGCGAGUGUCCCGUCUGCAGGAGGAAGUGCUCCCUGACGGAGCCCACGGUCAGCCUGGCGCUGAAGAACGUGGCCGACACCUUCCUGAGGGAGCAGGAGGGCAGGACGGGCCCAGCUGGAGAGUGGGCUGGCGGGGCGGAGGAGCAGGCAGGGAGGGUGGAGGUGAAGUGCACCGCGCAUGGGGAAGUUCUCAAGCUCUUCUGUCUGGAUGACUUUGAAGCCCUCUGCUGUGUGUGUCACACCUCCAAGAAGCAUCAGGGACACCGAGUGUGUCCCCUGGAAGAGGGAGCCCAGGACCUCAAGGCAGAGCUGAAGGCAGAGCUGAUUCCCCUGAAGAAGAACCUGCGCUGCCUGUAUGAAGCCAAGCAGGAGUGUGAUGACACAACUGUGCACAUCAAGAACCAGACUCAGGCCACAGAAAAGCAGAUCAAAGAGGAGUUUGAGGAGCUGCGGGAGUUUCUGCAGAAAGAAGAGGCGGCUCGACUGGCCGCCCUGCAGCAGGAGGACGAGGAGAAGAAAGACCUGGUGAGGAAGAAGACGGAGAGCAUCACCAGCGGCAUCCUCACCUUCUCUCACGCUAUCAUCGCCAUAGAGAAUGAGAUAGCUUCCAGCGACGCUCUCUUCCUUAAGAUUCAGCUCACCAGCUGUUCAGUAUACGUUGAUUCCUGUGUGUGGUUGUCGUCUCACAGAGCACAGAUCCCACAGAAGGAUCCAGGAAAAUUGUCAGGUGCUCUUAUAAAUGUGGCCAAGCAUGUCAGUUCCCUCAAAUACCACGUGUGGGAGAAGAUGGUGGACCUGGUUCAGUACACGCCCAUCACCCUGGACCCCAACACUGCCUACUCGUGGUUGUCCCUCUCCUCAGACCUGACCAGCGUCACCAACAGGGGAUCCCUCCAGCAGCUCCCGGCCAAUCCCGAACGUUUCGGCCACUUUGUGUUCGUGCUGGGCUCUGAGGGCUUCACUUCGGGCCGCCACGCCUGGGAGGUGGAGGUGGGCGACAAGGCGGACUGGAUGCUCGGCGUGGUCAAGGGGUCCGUCGACAGGAAAGGCCGCAUCUCGGGCUGUCCCGAGGGCGGCUUUUGGAUGAUCUCGCACUACGAAGGCGAGUACUCGGCCAUGACGAGGCCCAGCACCCCGCUGCACCUGGAGGGGGAGCUGACCCGAGUCAGGGUGCAGCUGGACUACGACUCUGGAGAGGUGACCUUCUCCAAUCCUGUCAGCAUGACGCCCAUCUACACCUUCACCGACUUCUUCACUGAGAAGAUGUACCCCUUCUUCUGCCCUGGAGCCAACAUCAACGGCAAUAACCCCAACCCGCUUAAGAUCUGCCCCGUCAAGGUGGCUGUGUGGAACAGUGCCACGUGGUGAUUUGACCUCACAGAGGACAUAUAAGCGUUUAAAUUUAACAAAUUACCCAAUGUGAUGAUGUCAGUGCAUGUUUGUGUAUAAAAAGAGCACAAUACAAGCAAAGUAUGUGACAGGUACUGGUUUAUUUCACGUGGGUUCAUUCAGUGAUUGACUUGAUGAAGCGUGAUGAAGCACAGUGUGGUUGUUUAAAGCUACCAGGGGAUGUUCCCGCCUUUAUUGUCCAGGAAGGUUCCACUCUGCUUCUCGGUCAGCGAGGCCACCACGCGAAGCAUCCUCUGCACGCUCUCCGCAGCGUCGAUCUCCCCCUGGUGGCCAGAAGUAACACACAGUUAACAGGAAGGCUCACACAGCGGGUCAGUUCUCCUCACUCCUAGUUAGUAAAACGUUUCUACCCGCAGACCAGUUAUAAACUUCAUUCACACUUAAAGCGAUAUAAGCAAUUAAGAUCUGCUUCUUUUCCCCCUCAAAUGUGACCCUGAACUGUUUUCCAGUGUCAGCGUAAAACUGUAAAAAUAAGCUCAAUCUGCCAUUUUCUGUAGAAGCCGCCAACGGUCGUGCUUGCAAUUAUUCUUUAAAAUGCUGUCAUCAUUAAUGAAUGAUAACAGCAAACAAUUACUAUAAUUAUUAAAUGAUUCUAAGAUAACAAAGCUUUCACUUUCUUGUGGUAAUUUGUCUCAUUAGCUCAAGAAGGCCAACUUCUGGAGAUAUCUGCAUAUUAAUUCAUCUGGAGAAAAACGCUUUGUGAGAUUGAUCAGAGUGGACCAUGACAUGAACACACUGCUCUGUUUCAAGGCAAACGAUGUGAACUUUUGAUCAACGUUCGCCAUUUGUUGUAAGAAUGUUUUCCCAGGUGAUUUGAUGUGAGGGUAUUUCCAUCAUGGCUUACAGUGGUCAAUUUAAAGCAGAUGUGUGAUGAAAUCUCGUUGGCGUAGAAGAGAAACUACUCACAGUGGUGGGCGUUUAAUAAAGCAUAUAAAUAAGUAAGAUUGAAGUCUAAUGGAGGGAUCAGUAAUGAGAAUUCCUUGAUCUGAUGUGCUCAGCUUAAAUCAGUUACUACCAUUAAAACACUGUCAAUGCAUGCUGGCAUGGCCCUCCUUAUCUCUAAUACACUUUAUGAGUGAGAACAGGAGGAACAGCCCUUUGUCUGUUUGAGAUAACGAGAUAAAUGAACCCCUGAUGAUGAGAAAACGAGCUUUGCUCUCUCCAGAUAAUGAAAUAAUCAGCUCCUGAACUCGUAAUUGCGAGCCCAGCCUUUUUCAGCUUCCGUGAUUAUCAACCCUGACCUGCAUUCUUUUGUGAUCCACGUCUGAUUCGAUCUGAACAGUCUCAUCAGAAUUGAUGUGGUUUUUAUGUCACUCUGUGUUUGCAAGUGGAAACAUGGAGGACGUCUGCGAUCAUGCUGCAAACUUCUUCAAAAUGACAAUCGCAAAGAAAAAUCAGUGAGUUAGGCAGAUAUGUGGCGCUAUGGGAAUAGUUGUGCUGUAUCCUGGUGAACUGGUUUUUAAUCUGUAAAAGAAAACUGAAUCUGAUUCCGUUGUGAUUUGCAAAUAACGAGCAACGUUUCAUGGUGUAUUUCAUAACGGGUAUCUGUCUAACUUGAUAGUCCUGCUUUGGUAUUGUUCAGAGCAUCUGGAUUACCACAGGUGGAUUACUUGUUCAAAGUCGUAUCAGGAGUGUGAAAAGCAAAACCUGUGACCUGAAAUCCUGCACUGUGAAUGAAGCCCGCCGUGUAAAAAGAUCUCAAAACUACCGUGUGUGAAAUGUGCUGUUGAUAUUGUGCUUCUCAUUUAAUAAUGUAAACUCAUCAUUCAGAGCCGACUUUGGCUCCUCUGCAGUUGUUUUAUUGUCUCCUUUAUGACUGGACCGGCAGGGUCAGUGAAAACUGCUGACUCACCUCCUCUCCACCCAUUUCGGUGCGCACCCAGCCAGGGUGCAGCAAAGAAAACAGGAUCUCAUCCCUCCUCAGCUCCUCUGCAGCACACGCCGCCAUCAUGUUCAGACCGGCCUGACAAGAGAGGAGGGGGAGGGAAAUGAGAAGACAGGUCGAUUAAGGCAAUGGGUGAACAGUUUCACCCGUCAAACCGCGAGAUGAGGCCUGCGAGUGGCAGAUCACAGCAUUGGAGGGGUUGUUGCUAACCUUGCUGAUGCGGUAGGAGAUGGCGGGGAAGAGGGCGUAUGAGCCUUUGACAGACUCCAAUGAAGCCAGUGAUGAGGAGAUGCAGACGACCGCCGCUUUCCUGCUGGACAUCCCCGGCAUCUUGCUGGCCUUCGCUGCUGCACGAAGGUGAGGCAGGAACUCCUAAUGAUGGCCACCAGCAAGAAAGUCAGCAAGAGGAAACGGAAAACUUUCAGCGCGCAGAUGGCAUCACCCAAUUUCCUUCCUUUAAAUUGAAAAAAAAAAAAAUGCAGCAUUGAAGCGUUUCAGACAUGACACCUUUCCACUCCCUUACUUUAACGAUGAACGUAGGGCCCAUGACGUUGGUGUUGAAAGAAUUCUGCAUGUCCUCGGGAGUGGUCUCCUGUAGGAUGCUCUUGUCCUGGAACCCCGCGUUGUUAAUCAGCAGGUUGAGGCCGUCCGUCCCGACCACAGAGCCCACCUGCUGGGCGCACUGCUUUAUGUUACUAAGGUCAGUGGCAUCUGACAGAGAGAGAAAGAAAGUGGAGCACCGGGGGCAGUCAUCAACAGAAAGACAGUCAGAUAAAGAUCACAACGCGGUGCUAUUCAUAGAGUCAAGGCCAGCGUGAACAUGGCAGCAGGAAGGAGAAUAAUAGACUGUAACAGAGGAACAGAGAGGUCCUACCCAGACGCAUGAUGUGGAUGACGUUAGGAUGCUUCUUCGCCAGUGUUCGCAAGGCCUGUAAAUACACAAAGACUGCGACUUUGUGGUUUGCAAGAUCAUUUAAAAAGAUUUUUUUUCUUUCCAUAAUUUAGGGAUUAGAAAUACAAUGAAGCACAGAGGAGGUAAAAACUCACCUCAGCCCUGGGUCCAUCUGGGUCCCUGCAACAGGCAAACAGCUUUUUCACUGGACAGUCGGCCUCCAUCAUUUGCUUCACCAUUUCCAGGCCCAAGCCUCUGUUGGCUCCAGUGAUAAGCACGCUGACCGGCUGCGCUGCCAUUUCGUCUACCUCAGUUUGCACAGUUCUCUUUCUGGGCUCACAUAUUAAAGCCUCUGUUGGGUGUUUGGCGUUCAGCUUGGCCACACCCAUGCUCUCAUGCAGCAGCGUUUAUCAUCCAGCUUCCGCUCUUCCUCAAAAUCCGAGCGAGUCACCAUGACAAGUAAAAGCGAGUGCGGGGGUUGGCUCACUUUCUGAUAAGAUGAAGAUGUCAUAAUGUUUAUAUAUGCUGCAUUAAGAGGAGUGUGUUGAUCAUGUUGGCUUUGCAAAGCUCACAAAGCAAAGCAGCACACACACAGUCAAGGACUUCCUGGUGAUGAAUAUAAUGGAAAAGUCCAGUGACCUGAGCUCCAUUUAAAAAUGCACUUUAAGUUUUUGUCCCACACAAACUUACCCAACAGCCUGAACAUGAAGAAUCAUGUUACACCUUGAUAAUUCAAGUCAUAUGGAUGCAUACACUAACUAAUGCAACACAUGUUGCAGUAUUUUGUGGUCUUCUGUGAGCUUUGGGACAUUACAGUCAUUGAAUUAGAGCCGUUUAGUGUGAGUCAUGAACAUAAGCUCAGGAAUGUGCAAACAAACUGUGUCCGACAGCUGAGUGAUUCAUUAGGAAUAAAGUGUUUUUACAUACGACUAAAGUUAUUAACGAGUGAAAUAAGAUUGUGGCUA